AGUUCUUUGGUUUCCCAAACACAGCCUAAGGAACAGGAAAGGGGUUUUGGUAGUCCAGCUUGACCUGUCCCCUCCGUCUCUCUGUCCGAGGGUUUAAGAACCCCAUUUUCUCUCCCUGACUCCGAAUUUUAGUCUGUCUCUCUCUCUCUCUCUCUCACCACCAUAAAGCAUACACACAUACAACAGAACACAGAAUCGAGGGAAUCCGAUCCUGCAUGGUCGAUGGAGGAGAGCAAGAGAAUUCGACUGGUGUUCAUAGAUGAUGACAUUUUGAGCGAAACCCAGAAAUCGGAUGGCUUGAGUCGCAGCUGGGUUCUGUUGAAACCCCACCAACACGCCUCCGUUUCCGACGUAGCCUCUCAUCUGCUCCACGCUUUCCAACUCCACCAAUCCUGCCCUCAUGGCCUCCUCCUCUCGAUAUCCAGCUUUGUUUUACCACCUUUUGAAUCUACUCGAAUAUUAAAGGACAACGAAAUUGUCAGAGUCAGGAAGAGAAGAGACAUUUUAUCUAUAGAGGGAAAUGAUGCUGCUAACAAGGUUGAGAAAUUGGAAGCUGCAGAGAAGCAACCUGUAAAUAGUGGUGUCUUGCUUUUAGCCAACAAGGAGUUUGAGAAUGAAAAAGGUGGUUAUGAGAGUGAUGACCCCGAAGGGGAGUUUGAAGAGGAUGAUGAAGAAGACCUGCUGGAAGAUAUGGAAAAUCCAUCUGGUGGAAAUGCAGAUCCAAAGAAUCGAAAAAGAAAAGCACCAGAGAAACUUCAAGGCUCUAAGACGAAGAAGCAGUGUUCCGAGGCAACUGGAAAUGUUGCAAAAGAUGUUCAUAAAAAAAAGUUUGAGAACUCUUGUCAAGAUGGAGAAGUUACCAAAAAAAAAUGCCUCUCCACAAAGGAGAAAAAUGAUCAUUCUGAUGAAGAUGAUAUGGAAAACAAUGCUGAAAAUGCUAAUUCAAGUGACAAGAGUCAUGUGUCUGUGCCGGACAUGAAGCGAACUGAUGAAGUUCAAGAGAUUGGUAAAGAGACUGAGGGUUUGAAGACCCCUAAAGAAACUAAAAAGACUCCAAGCAGAAGUGCGAGGCGGAAGUAUGCCAAAAGGCGUUGGUUGCGGGAGAUGGCAAAAAUUCAGAAGCAAAACGCUACCUGCGAAUCAGAGGGUCUUCGGAAUUGGAAAGAGGACAGAGCUAAAGCUGAGAGAAACAAGGUGGAUGGUCAAUUGAAAGGGCUGCAAAAGUGGAAAAGAAACCAAGCUGCUGCUGAAAGUAAUGAAGUGGAUGGCCAACCAAAAGGACUUCUACACUGGAAGCACUCUCCUCAAACCAAUUGGUUUGUUAAGGGGAAAAAACGUGACAAACAAAAUCAAAAAAAAUAUUUCCAUAAACAUCCAAAUCAAAAUGGUGACGUGCAUGAGCAGCAAAAUCAAAGUACUGACGAACAUGCGCAGCCAACUCAAAAUGGUGAUGGUCAUAAACAGCCAAAUGAAAAACCAGGUGAUGUGCAUAAACCACCAAGUCAAAAAGAUAAUGGUGUACAAGAACAUCCCAGUCAAAACUAUGAUGCAUCUGAGCUAACAAAUCAAGAAAGUGAUGAGGAGAAUGAAGUUGUUCCCAUUGUAAUAAGGCCAGGACACAUCCGCUUUGAGCCUUUGGGGAAAGAACAAUCUGAUCGAGAAAUUGACGUACCUUCGGAAAGCUUCCACUGGAAUGGAAUUACUAGUAAGAAGAAAGGCCAAAAAUGGGGGAAGGAAAAUCGUUCUUUCACUCCACGAAAUGAUAUUCAAAUUUCAAACAAAGAGUACACUGAAAUAUUGAGCAACGAAGAAGAGGCACAACCGGGUGAAGGAGUUGACUUUGAUAAGCUCCCACCCCUUCCUAGCAUCCCUAAGGAAGGAGAUCUCAUUGCAUAUCGUGUUCUGGAAUUAUCAUCCUCCUGGACCCCUGAGCUUUCUGCUUAUCGAGUUGGAAAAGUGUCCUGGUAUAACUCUGAAUCAAAUCAAACAAUGCUGGUGCCAGUACCACAGUAUCCAAUUCGUUCGAAGAGUGGUGAUGAGGAUGAAGUUGCACAACCCGAUAGCUCCCUUUACAAAGAAGAUGGGUCAUUGGAGAUUGAUUUUUCAUCGCUUAUUGAUGUCCGUAUCUUAAACGUUGGGAAUUCGGCAUCACGAAAUGAAGCACUCAGUCAAGUGAGUGAAGGUUCUGCAGGCAAUAAAAACGCUCCAAAAGCAGUGUUGCCUAGCAGCAACGGCCAACAAAUAGAUAUACCCAGCCCAGAUACAACAGAAUUGAACCAGGGUAAAGAAACAGAGCCCCCUUCUUCAGAACUUGGUGCAGUGAACAUCUGGGACCAAAUCAGUGAAACUCUAAAUGCUAAGAAGGAAGAACUUUCUAAGGAGAAGGGAUGGGGCACGACUCCCAAGAAGGUACAACCUUCACAGGAGAAUAGUUGGGGCAAGAAUGCCAAGAAGGUACAACAAUCGCCUGAAAGUGGUUGGGGGAAGAGUGCCCAGAAGGUACAACCACCACAGGACAAUAGCUGGGGCAAGAAUGUCGAGAAGGUACAACCAUCGCCUGUAAGUGCUUCUGGGAAGAAUGCCCAGAAGAUACAACCACCGCAGGACAAUAGUUGGGGCAAGCAAAGUUCGGGGGGUAAAUCAUGGUCAUACAAGGCUCUAAGAGGCAGCGCACUUGGCCCAACAGUGGCUAUUCUGAGGUCGAGAAAGGAUAUAUGAGAGGGGAACGAGCCUACUCAAGCAUCUCCUUCUGUUUGACUUUGUGUUCCGUGUCAAAAACCUCUUUCUUGCUUUUGCUUCCCAUUGCCUAUGUAAAAUACUACAUCCUUAAGCUUUUUUUGUAAAUGACCAUGGAGAUCUUCAUGAGAUGUGCUUAGUUCAAAUAAUGCGUUACCUGGGAA